AUUUACGUAAAGCACGAAAACAAACCUUAUUAAUAACCCUUUGCUCUUCUACCCUUUCUCUCACUCGCGUCUUCGAGUUUCACAGCCAAGUAGUAAAAGGGUUUCGAAAUAUGGACAACAUGCACAGCUUCUGGCAAUUGGGCGAUGAGCUCCGUGGACACUCGAAAGCAUCAGAGGAUCACAAGUGGUUAAUGGUUGCUUCGAAAUUGGCUGAGCAGACAAGACUAAAGGGGGAGCGUGUGAAUAACCUUGAUCUUUCUAAGGGUCCCAUUGAAACAAGGUCAAGGGAUAAAUUUGGGUUCCAGGAAGAGAACAAGUUUGACUCUCUUAACUUGAGCAUGUUGAACCUGGACUCUAAAUUUACUGAAAACGUGAGCAAAGGCUCACUGCGAAAUGGUGUUUACAGUAUGAAUGCAGUGUAUCAGAAAAACAAUGCAAACUUGGUGAGUAAUGUAAACAGUAACAAGUAUAAUGGUAAUAUUCAGCAUAACAAAGAGUCCAACAACAACAGCAGUGGCAACAACAAUGAAAACAACAACUCAAAUGCAUCUGACAAAAGGUUUAAGACCUUGCCUGCAGCAGAGACACUCCCACGUAAUGAGGUGCUUGGAGGAUACAUCUUUGUCUGCAACAAUGAUACAAUGCAGGAAGACUUGAAACGUCAGCUAUUUGGUUUGCCUCCAAGGUAUCGAGAUUCUGUCAGGGCAAUAACACCAGGGUUACCCCUAUUUCUGUAUAACUAUACCACCCAUCAGCUGCAUGGUAUUUUUGAGGCAGCAAGUUUUGGUGGCUCCAACAUAGAUCCAACUGCGUGGGAGGAUAAAAAAUGCAAAGGCGAAUCAAGGUUUCCAGCUCAGGUAAGAAUCCGUGUCAGGAAACUUUGCAAGGCAUUGGAAGAAGAUUCUUUCAGGCCAGUAUUGCAUCAUUAUGACGGUCCAAAGUUUCGUCUUGAGCUGUCAGUUCCAGAGACUCUGGAUCUGUGGGACCUAUGCGAACAAGCUGGCUCGGCAGCAUAAAAAACAAACAAGAAUGUGCAAAAUAGGUAGGUUUUGGUGUGCCAUCUGUUGUGUGGUUUUGGCAGAUUUUCCGUGAAGCGUAAGCUUGGAAAGUAGUUUGUUUUGUGGAAUCAUCUUGGGGGAAGGAAAGGAAGCGUGUUGAGAGAGUGAGACCCUGUUGAAUAAAUGUUGUUAUAUCAUCCCCAGAAGAUGCUUUGUAGCUGUUGCAUGACGUUUAAUACCUUUGUAUGAUUAAGUACAUACUUGAUAUGUGCAAUCAAAGAGACGAAUGUUUGUACUAGUAGUAAAACAUGAAUUUCUGUUAAACUAAAACCAAAAAAAUUAAGAGCUUCAUGUAUUUCGUAACUCUGUAUUGAGUUGGUCGAAGUGAUCUUUUAUUUUAUA